CUAAAGCGUCGUCGCCGGUCUGUCGCGACGCACCUCUCCCUUGGAAUAUCUCCGAGAAGAGGCUGACUGGACAAAGACAAUGGUUCUCCGGCGCACCCCGUCGGUCUUUGGACCGCAUGGAGUGUCAGCUCUGGCCCGGCGGGCGUACUCACAGGCGACGACUGGGGGUCCAUCGACGUCACGAGCACGUGCGACAAGGGCGACGCUCGUCUUUGCCGGCGCAGCACUGACCACGAGCGGGCUUCUUGCCUGGCGACUCAGGGAGCCGGGCCACCAGAGUUCAGUGGCUUGCGAGCCAGUGCAGCGCAGUUCUUCAAGCGUCAAGGCCGCUCCCCAGAUUGCGCACCUCGACGAGGCGGUGAUCCACGAUGUCAGCGCACCGAUGCGGACGCGCAUGGAGACAUACGUCAAGCUGCUCCAGAACCGCAUCGUCACUGCAUUGUCCAAGGAGGAAACGGGUGACGCGGGCUUCCGCAUCGACCAGUGGCAGCGUAAAGAGGGCGGUGAGGGCAUCUCGUGCGUGCUCCAGGACGGCCAGACGUUCGAAAAGGCCGGUGUCAACAUCUCAAUCGUGCACGGCAAGCUGCCCCCGCGUGCCAUCCAGCAGAUGAGCGCAGACCACGCCGGUCUCAUGGAAAAGAUUGGCGACGAACUCGACACGAGUGGUAAGGCCGGCGGUGGGAUGCCCUUCUACGCGACGGGGCUCAGCCUCGUCGUGCACCCUCGCAACCCCUACGCGCCCACAGUCCAUUUCAACUACCGCUACUUUGAGCUCACCCACCCGCCCACGCUUCCUGAUGGUUCGCCCAACCCACGCUACGACGAAAAAGACCCGCUCAAGCCUGUCGCCUGGUGGUUCGGUGGCGGAACAGACCUGACGCCAGUCUACCUGUUCCCCUCCGAUGCACGGCACUUCCACGGCGUUCUCAAGGAGACGUGCGACCGCAACGAUGGACACUUCUAUCCCACGUGGAAGAAGUGGUGCGACAGCUACUUUUGGAUCCCGCACCGGGGCGAGUCUCGGGGCGUUGGUGGCAUCUUCUUUGAUGACCUGACCAUCGGUCAUGGCGAGGAGCAAGGGGCCAAAUCGACACUGACAGAUGCGAUUCGGGGAGGUGCAACGGGCGAAAAGGUGCCGCUCAAAGAUGGGACAAAGGGUGGGAAGACGAUUGAGUCAGAGCUGCCCCAGACGCGCGAGACGCUCUUUACCACGGUGCGCUCCCUGGGCGACGCAUUUAUCCCUGCCUACCUGCCCAUCCUGCAGUCGCGCAAGGCCAUGCCGUAUGGUGAGCGCGAGCAGGCAUGGCAGCGCAUUCGGAGGGGUCGCUACGUCGAGUUCAACCUUGUCUACGACCGCGGCACCAAGUUUGGCCUCCAGACGCCCGGCGCGCGCAUGGAGAGCAUUUUGAUGAGCCUGCCCCUGCUGGCGAGCUGGGAGUACGGGCACAGCUACAGUGCAACAAACAUGGACAUGCCGCCUGAGGAGGACGACGAUGAAGAGGGCAGACGCGAGCGGGAGACGAUGAAUGUCCUCCGCAAGGCGCGGGAGUGGGUGUAAGAUAGCAUGGCAGAACAAUCAAAUUAAGGAAGAAGGAUAGAGUGUC